AUGGCGAUGCACAUGGCUGUCGUGCUGUUCAAGCACUGCUUCAAGCUCAACCGCCUCAGAAUGUGCCAAGAUUUGUCCAAGAACGUACGAGGGGGGACAGGCCAUGCGGAAAGCUUGGCUGCCCGCGCAGACGUGGUGGCUUUUCUCUACUACGAAGGCUUGACUUUCAUGCACAACGCUGCCAACGACAAACACGAGAGGGCUAGGGCAGAGGCAACGCUAACCAGGGCUCUCAAAGAGUGCCAUGUGGCGGCUACGGGAAACCGACGACGAAUUCUGGUGAACCUCGUGCCCCUGAGAAUGAGGAUGGGAUGUUUGCCGGCGCGACGCCUGCUGGAGAAGUACGACUUGCUCAUAUUCGAUGACUUCUCCUCUGCCAUACGGGUGAUCGUUCUCGGGCUUGUUCUGAGGGGGCACGAGUUCGACAUCGACAACGAUAGCUUUGAUCCCCAACAGAGCGCCGAGGAGCGAGAGCUUGCCCGAUGGGACGAGGUGACGUUCAUACUCGCUGGCCUUAUCAUGGACGGGCUGAUCAGCGGCGUUGUGAGGAGUCGCGAUGCUCAGCUGCUGCUCAGCAAGAAGACCGGCUUCCCUGAUUUGCCGGAAGUAACCGAAACCGGCCUUCGACCUCGACUUCGACCUCGACCUCGACCUCGACCUCCCUCUGGCCACCUCAGACCGACAAGCACCUUCAGCAUUCUUCCCGUCAAGGUUUAGUUGUAGAGUGAGUUGCAGUAGUUGUCAAGAGGAACACCAGUGCGGCUGAAGGCGGCACAGUAUAACAGCAGCGGUGGCAGUAAAGAUUAAGAUUGGCCUCGAGAUUUCUCGUCGACACAACCGGGUCAGGCGCUGGUGGUGGGGGUGAAUUGGCGUGACGAAGGAGGGGAGGAGGACAAGCCCGUUGUGUGCCUGCGAGUGGUUCGACACAGCAUGUGCUGUUGCAGUAUCGUUUGGGGGUAUGUACUUGUUGUGGGGCAUCUAGUUAUAUAAUAGUUUGAUUUUUAACUUCGUGACUACUGUGUAAGCACAUGUAUGCGUUUGUACUCAUGCCACACCAUCCAUCGUUACUUGGGCGGUUGUUGCAAGGGCGUGGCCAGGUUGGUCGUUCGAGACUUGACUUGUGUUUUUCUUACACCUACCUCAACACCCUCAGAAUGCGCGGGAUGAAAUACAUGGAGGGAAAUGGUAACGACGACUGAAGACUUAAGACUGAAUAGAAGUAUUUCCUUGUACUUUGUUGCACCGUGGCUUUAUCACGUGCCAGAUUCAAUCGGGCAUUUAGUAAGUCAUGCAGGAUGGUUCCGGAGGCAUCUCUCUCUCCUCAUACAUUCCCGGCGUCCAUGUUUUCCUUCCUUCUUUCCUUGAUCCUCAGUGUGUAAUUGCUCUUGCAUCCACCCUUUGCGAAUUGUGUUGCGUGCUGGACUAUGAUCAUGUCCGGUACAGUAGCCAGGGUCACCGUUUCGUGUUGGUGGUGAAUAGGUGUGGGAGUGAAGCGGGCACAGGAAAUCGAAUUUGCUAGGUGUGGGAGGGAAGCCAAGACGGCACAGGAAAUCGAAUUUGCAACACCGUCCGAUCGCUGGUUUCUGGUCAGUAC